AUGGAUGACCUCCUCGCCCCACUCCAAGAUAUCUUCGAAGCCCAAAUAGACUUUCACGGCCAGCGCAUUGCCGAACAGCUCUGCACAGGACUAAUCAUCAACUUCGCCGCAAUCUCAUUUAUCGUCGGCUAUGUGGCCCAAGAUGUACACCUGACCCUCUGGAUUGGGUUGGCGGGAACCCUCAUAACGACAUUGGUGGUUGUGCCGCCGUGGCCCAUGUAUAACAAGCAUCCGGAGCCGUGGUUGAUUGUCGGGUCUGGGGGUGUAGGGAGGGAAGGAAUUGUGGUGGAUGGGGGCAAGCGGUGA